UUGUUGUCAUUUUCAAAUCGGAAAAGUUUUGGCAAAUAUUGUAUUAUCUAAGGAUUUCUGCAAAAUUAGACUUAUGCAAUAAUAUUCCAAAAAUUUCUAUCAGUUUAGGAUUUUUGACUUUUUCGAGCAUAAAAUGACUCGUAAAAAAAUGGACCUUCGAAUUACAAAGCUUAUUAAAAACGUGAUAAAAUCACAUCAUCGCUCCAUGUUUUUUAUUUUAGGUGAAAACGCUAGGAAGCAGGUUGUUUUUUUACAUCAUCUUCUUGUAAAGUACAGAGUUUCUGUAAACUACCCAAAACCAUCUGUUUUGUGGUGCUUUAAAAAAGAAACAGAAUUCAAUAUACAUUAUCUAAAAAAGCGACUGAAAUUAUUAAGGAAAGCUUAUUGUGGAGUGAAUACUUUUUGUCAAGAAUAUGUCUCGGAUCACUUUUUGUUGUCAUCAGAUAUACAGUUUUGCCAUUAUAGUGAAACUGAUAAAAUAUUAGGUCGGACAUUUGGCAUGCUGAUUAUUCAAGAUUUUGAAGCAUUAACUCCAAAUAUAUUGGCUCGUAUUAUAGAAUGUGUUGAAGGAGGAGGUAUGAUCCUAUUUCUGCUUCAGAAUAUUGCCACUUUAGAAGAUCUCUUUCUGUUAAAUAUGGAUAUUCAUUCUCGAUGGGUAACUGAAGCUCACAAUAAAGUCAACCCUAGUUUUAAUAAGCGAUUUGUUUUGUCUUUAAAGUCAUGUGAAAACUGUCUGAUUCUUGAUGAUACUUUAAAAGUAAAGAGUUUACCUGAAAUCUUUGAUGCCACUCCCAGAUUAGUAAACAAGAAUGACAUUAUCAAACAAAUUGCUGAGCAUAUAUCAAGCUCAUCCUUCUCAGAUAAUGUGAAGAAAAUUGUGGAAAUUAGCUGCACAUUAGAUCAGUUAUCUUCCCUAGAAAAAAUAUAUGAGACUCUAAAACUCAGAAAUAGUUUAUCUGUUGUUUCUUUAACUUCUGCAAGAGGACGAGGAAAGUCAUCAGUACUUGGUUUAGCUAUUUGCCUGGCAGUAGUUUCAAGAUAUUCCAAUGUGUAUGUAACUGCUCCUCAUUUGGAGAAUCUGCAAACCUUGUUUAAGUUUCUGUUGAAGGGCCUUACUGCUUUAGGCUACAAAGAAGGUGAUAAUCUCUAUGUUCAAAAAAGUGACAUAAACUUUGCAACUUUUAUAACUGGAAUUAAAGUUUCUGGAAAGCAUCCAAAAAAAGUGUGCUAUCUUUCUCCAACCGAUUUUCAUAAAUCAGGAGGUGCUGAUCUCAUUGUAAUUGAUGAAGCAGCUGCUAUUCCUUUGCCUUUAGUGAAGAAGUGGAUAGAUUCCUGCACUGUUUUAAUGGCGUCGACCAUAAAUGGAUACGAAGGUACUGGCAGAUCCUUGUCCUUGAAGCUAUUAAAUCAAUUACGGACACAAAGUGUUGCACCAGGAACAGAAUAUCCUGUUUUACAUGAAAUUCAAUUGGAAGAGGCUAUUCGCUAUGCCAAUGGAGAUUGUGUUGAAACAUGGUUGAAUAGGUUGUUGUGUUUGGAUGCUUCAAUGGAGCUCCCUUGUUUUGAUUGUGAACCACCCAAAUAUAUGGAGUGUGACUUAUAUUAUGUUAACAGAGACGCAUUAUUUAGUUAUAACAAGUUUGCAGAGAAAUUUCUGCAAGACGUUGUCUCGUUAUUUGUCUCUUCUCAUUACAAAAACUCUCCAAACGAUUUAUUAAUGAUGGCUGAUGCACCAGCUCACCAUAUUUUCUGCUUGUUGCCACGUGAGAGUGUUAACUCCAAUAAUUUACCCAAUGUUUUGUGUGCUGUCCAGGUUUGUCUUGAAGGCCAAAUUUCUGUUGAGACGAGCCAGUUUGAGCAGUCAGAAGGGAGAAGAGCUUCUGGCGAUCUGAUUCCCUGGGUUAUUUCCCAACAGUUCCAAGAUGUGGGAUUUUGUGCAAUGUCUGGUGCCCGAGUUGUACGAAUCGCUACUCAUCCACAAUAUCAAAAAAUGGGAUAUGGGAAACACGCUCUCCAUCUUUUAUCACAAUUUUACAGUGGAACCUUUUCAACAGGAGAUGAAAAUACGAAUUCCACUCCAAGUAAAAAGAAAAGGAACUCUUCUUUGUUGUUGCAACUUCAGGGUCUACACCAGGAACCUCUAGAUUAUUUAGGAGUCUCCUAUGGUCUUACACCUGAAUUAUUUAAGUUUUGGAAAAAAUCUGGAUUUGCUCCUUUAUACAUCAGACAAACUACGAGUGAAGUUACUGGGGAACAUUCGUGCAUCAUGAUCAAGUACCUCAAGGAUCAGUCCUCAAAAGACAGUAACUGGCUGUCAGAUUAUUUCUCGGAUUUUUCAGAAAGAUUUGCUUCACUUCUCCUAUCGUCAUUCAAGCACAUGCCUUCCUCUCUCGCACUAAGCAUAUUUCACUACGAAAAUUUAAGACUUCAAAAAGCUUUGACGCCUGAGCAACUGCGAUGGCUUCUAUCCCCUCGUAGUCUACAGAGGCUUAAAGCCUACUGUCUUCAGCAAGUAGAUUAUCAUUUAAUUCUGGACUUACUGCCUGUUAUAGCAAGAUAUUAUUUUCUAGGAUAUUUCAAUGGUUAUUUCUUGUCGUCCAUACAAGAGUCAGUACUGCUGUGCAUAGGCAUGCAGAGUAAAUCGGUCGAUGAAACUGCAAGUGAGUUAGCUGUUGAAGGCCAGCAACUUAUGGGGUGCUUCAGAAAAGCCUUGAAAAGGAUUCUGCAACAACUUGACUGUUAUCGGAAUAACUCAAGUAUUGAUGAUGAUGUAGUUCAAAACUAUGCUGCAUCAAAGAAAAAUGAAGAAUUACUGACAACAACUGUCAAAACCAAAUCCAAAAAAAAUAAUAGUUUUAACCACUUUUCUGUUAAUGCUAAAAAGUUGAAGAAAAGCAACUAAAGUGAAUGGAACUCGUGAGCUUAUGAGACUGUGAGCAUUUGUUUUUACAAGUAUACAAUAAAUGUUUUAUCUUUAUAUAAGUUAAA